UCAGGUCUCUAAGCCUUGCCUGAACUUGCAGCAAAAAGUCAGAACGAUCACCAAAACCUUGUUAUAUUUCAAGCAAUCAGAGGAGGUGAAUCUGAAUAAGAAACAGAGUCUACUCUUCCUCUUCUCCCUUCUACAGUCUUUCAAAGCUCCGGGGGGAUAGAAGUUACUUCAUCCUGUUCUGCAAUGUUCAGAGAGGAGACCUCUAAUAAAGGUGAGACAAGUCUUUGGAAAAAACUUACAUACUGACAAAUCUGUGGUGGUGGAGGCAUGUGUACAUCUGCAUUCACUUUUACUAAAUGCUGUCAAGAAACUGGUUUUCUUAUGGUGGUGAAGUGUCGGCAAGAGAACACAGCAUUAAAAGACUGCCUGGUUGGCCACUAUUCUGAUCCAUCAUUCUAUGAAGAAUGCAAAGCAGAAUAUUUGAAGCAAAGAGAAGAAUACAGAGCAACUGGAAUUAAGAAAAAAAGACAGAAGGUUACUUCAAAUGUAUAAUUAAAACUUAAAAUGAACUUCUCACAUUUUAUAUACAACUUUGAGUUUCAAUUGAUUUAAACAGACUUAAAUGAUCUGUACCCCUGUGUGGAGUUUAACUGAAAUACACAAGAUGAGAUGAAUGGAGAAUAAAAUAAUCUCUAAAAUUAGAUUUUUAAAUUUUUUGUAGUUAAAGAUCUCAAGCAUGCUGUCACAGUUUGCGAGAGAAGGUGCGAAGGUCUGUUCCUCUGUCUGGACUUGUGAUUUUGUUACCAGUUUGCAAGUUGGAGUUUACAAAUCCAGAAUGUCCAUUUGGAAUUUAAAGCUUGUGUCUAGUUAUGUGAGCUAGGCUACAUAAAAACUUAAAUUUUUCACCCUUAAAUUGUAUUAACUGAUCACAAAUUGUGUAUACAUUGAAGCUGGUCUGUUAGUCAUCACCUGAUGCUGACUGUGUAUGGAGAUGCACUUACUAGAAGAGAAGGGUUGCAAAUGCAGAAGAGAAGAGCUGCUCAGACCAGUGUGAACUAUCUUUUUCAAGAGAUUGUUGAGUCAUAUGAGAGCCUGGUAGUACUUGUGCCUACACUGUGACUAAUUUUUAAAUGACGUUGCCAGAAGGGAUGGAUGCCUUGUGUUUGUGUGUGGCCCAGACUGACCGUUUUGACUCUAGAGGAGAAAGUAAUCUGAUCCAGACUUUCUUUGAGAACAUAGAAUAAGCUGCCACACUUCAAGAGUGAGCAAGUGACCCCACUUGCAAAAUUAUUGCAGGUAUAGGUGAGUAAACAACUAAACUAGGCAUGUAAAAUGCAGGUCACUUCUUGCAGGAACUAAGUGAAAGGAAGUCCCUGAUUAAAAAGGGGCUUACAAAAGAUCUUUCGUGUAUUGGUACUUGAAGCUGCUUAAUGGUAGAACUCUCAAAUGCAUAAAUGACUUCACUAGAGAUAGUAAUUCAAAGUUUUACAGGCUAUCUUGGAGUAUCCUUUGAAACAUUCUGAAAUAAAACCAAAUUCUUUGCAAGUAGGGAAAGACCACAUUCAAACUUGGUAACUUAAAUGCCCUGGUUUGAAAAAAAAAUAAAAAAACUUCAGAGUACAUAAUAGGAUUUGAUACUUGUCCAUCAGAAGGUGCAAAAUUUGACUUAUUUUAAUAGUUUCACCACAAAUACAAUAUUGCUCUAAAGCUAUUCAAGUAGGAAGUUCAAAUCAGACUUUGACAUCUGUAUGUGAAAGUCUUAACACUGCACGUUAGUCCUUGCCCUUUAUUCUGUGCCUUUUAUCAGUAAUAACGUUGCUUCAGCAGAGUGGCUGGAGGACUAGCGAACAUUUGUGAAUAAAAAACUGAAGAGAUGUGUAGCAUUCUGCCUUGUAAGGCAAACUUAAGUGGCACUCAGCUCUAAAACUAACCUCUUUAAAAUAGCAUAUGUGGAACAGUGUCCUACGCGCGUACUUGCUCUUUUCUCCUUAGUUCAAGCAUUUUGGAAAAAAAAAAUAUUCCUAAUCCGUUAGUGGAAAAUUAGUUGUUUUGCUGUAUUUUAAAAAAGAGUAAACUUAAUGUAGAUGGCGAAAUGUA